GGCGGCGCUCGCGGGCGGGGAGUCACGUGAAGGACCCAAGAUGGCUGCCUUUCCUUGGCAUGCAAGAGUACGAAACUAUGGGCGUGAAUUGGAAUCAUACAGACUGGAAGCUGUGUCUGUGGAAUUUGGUGAUUUCCAUCCACUGAAACCCAUUAUGGUUACUGAAUCGAAGACAAAAAAAUUGGGUCGUAAAGGAAGCACAUCCUCUACAUCAUCUUCAUCCUCUAGUUCAAUGCUGGAUCCACUCAGCAGCGUUCUGGAUGGCACAGAUCCUUUAUCUUUGUUCGCAGCUACUGCAGAUCCAUUGCUGAGCGUGACAACGGAUAAUGCCAGGAAGAAGCGUGAUAAAGAUGAGAGUUUGUCUGUGGGAAAUGACUUUGAACCUUGGUCAAGCAAGCGUGGUGAAAUUCUGGCUCGCUACACAACAAAUGAGAAGCUGUCCAUAAAUUUAUACAUGGGAUCUGAAAAAGGAAAAGCCUCAACUCCUGGAUCCACCGUUUCGGAGAAAGUACGAACCAGACUAGAAGAAUUGGAUGAUCUCGAAGAGGGUUCCCAGAAAGAAUUGCUAAACUUAACCCAGCAAGACUACACUAACCGGAUUGAAGAACUCAACCAAUCCUUGAAGGAUGCGUGGGCCUCCGAUCAGAAAGUCAAAGCCCUUAAGAUUGUUAUCCAGUGUUCUAAACUUCUUUCAGAUACAACCGUGAUUCAGUUUUAUCCCAGUAAAUUUGUCUUAAUAACAGACAUUCUUGAUACCUUUGGAAAGUUGGUGUAUGAAAGGAUUUUUUCUAUGUGUACUGAUCAUUGCACUCCAUUGCCAGAUAAUUUUACUCCUGAGAGUGUGAAUGAUAUCGCCAAAGAAACCUGCUUAAACUGGUUUUUCAAGAUUGCGUCCAUCCGAGAACUCAUCCCAAGAUUUUAUGUGGAGACAUCGAUACUGAAGUGCAACAAAUUUCUUUCCAAAACGGGAAUUUCAGAAGGUCUCCCCCGACUGACUUCCAUGAUCCGAGGAAUUGGUGAUCCUUUGGUGGCGGUCUAUGCUAGAGCAUAUCUCUGCAGGGUUGGGAUGGAAGUAGCUCCACACCUGAAGGACAACCUCAACAAGAACUUUUUUGACUUCCUUCUAACCUUUAAGCAAGUUCACGGGGAUACAGUCCAGAACCAACUGGUGGCCCAGUGUGUGGAGAUCCCGUCGUAUCUAACACUUUAUUCUCCGGCAAUUGAUUGGAUUCUACAAUGCAUCGCUUACCGAGCUGCGGAGGCCUUGUUGACAGAGAUGAUGGAGAGAUGCAGGAAGUUAGGCAACAACGCCUUGCUCUUGAAUUCCGUCAUGUCUGCCUUCAGAGCUGAAUUUAUUGCUGCAAGGGCGAUGGAUUUUAUCGGCAUGAUCAAAGAGUGUGAUGAAUCGGGGUUCCCCAAGCAUCUUCUCUUCUGCUCCCUGGGACAAAACUUAGCCUUAGCUGACCCACCAGAAAGUGACCGUCUUCAAAUCUUAAAUGAAGCCUGGAAAGUCAUUACCAAGUUAAAGAGUCCACAGGAUUAUAUCAAUUGUGCAGAAAUCUGGAUGGAAUAUACUUCUAGGCAUUUUACGAAGCGUGAAGUCAAUACCAUUUUAGCUGAUGUCAUUAAACAUAUGACUCCAGAUCGGGCUUUUGAAGAGGCCUAUCCUCAGCUUCAGUCAAUCAUUCAGAAGGUCAUCGCCUAUCUCCAUGACUUCUCCGUUCUCUUUUCAUUGGAGAAAUUCUUGCCAUUCCUGGAUAUGUUUCAGAAAGAGACCGUGAGAGUCGAGGUCUGUAAAUGCAUCAUGCAAGCUUUCAUUAAGCACCAACAGGAAUCCACCAAGGAUCCCGUCAUUCUCAAUGCCCUGCUGCAUGUAUGCAAAACGAUGCACGAUUCGGUAAACGCGUUGACCCUGGAAGAUGAAAAGCGGACGCUGGCAUCCUUGAUCAAUGGAUUUGUAAGAAUGGUAUCGUUUGGCCGGGAUUUUGAGCAGCAACUGAAUUUUUACGUGGAAGCCAGAUCCAUGUUUUGCAACUUGGAACCUGUGUUGGUCCAGCUCAUCCAUAGCGUGAAUCAGUUGGCGAUGGAAACAAGAAAAGUAAUGAAAGGGAAUCAUUCCAGAAAAACAGCGGCAUUUGUCAGGGCUUGUGUUGCCUUCUGCUUCAUAACGAUCCCAUCGCUGACCGGCAUUUUUACCCGUCUCAAUUUGUACCUGCACUCUGGACAAGUUGCUUUGGCUAACCAGUGCCUUUCACAAGCGGACGCCUUUUUCAGAGCGGCAAUCAGUCUGGUUCCCGAGGUACCCAAGAUGAUCAACAUAGAUGGGAAGCUGCGGCCUUCGGAAGCCUACCUCUUGGAAUUCCUCUGCAACUUCUUUUCAACUUUGCUAAUCGUUCCUGACCAUCCUGAACAAGGUGUGCUGUUUCUCAUACGGGGGCUGCUCAACGUUAUCCAGGAUUACACUUGGGAGGACAACAGUGAUGACAAAGUCAAAAUCUACACCAAUGUGGUGCAUCUUCUCUCGGCAAUGAGCCAGGAGACCUACCUCUAUCACAUAGACAAAGUCGAAUCGAACGAUACCUUGUAUGGCGGAGACACUAAGUUUUUGGCAGAAACGAGCAGAUUGUGCGAAACGGUGAUAAGCCAAAUCUUGGAGCAUUUGAAGAACCUUGGAAAAGAUGAGACUCUGAAGCGUCAAAGUCACCUGGCCCUCUGCUUCUUCAAUAGCCUCUUGGCACACGGCGAUCUGCGGAACAACAAACUCAACCAGUUGGCCGUCAACCUGUGGAACCUGGCUCAGAAACAUGGCUUUGCGGACACCAAAACCACGGUCAAAACCUUGGAAUACAUCAAGCUGCAGAGUAAACACCCUGAAUUCAGCCACUUUUCAGAGCUGACACUACGACUCCCUUUGCAGUCAAGAACUUAAAAACGGCUGUCGAAUUGGGCAAUUACAUCCCUGGAAAGGUAGUGCUCCAAGCCCUUUAAACUCCCAAGCUGCCUCAUAGGGUGCGAUCAGAGUUUGAUAUCUUUUCCCUUUAAAAGGUCCCUUGGCACAAGAUAAGAUUUGGUUGGAGAAGAAAAAAGAUCAAUUUUUCCCGGGCGAUGCAGUCAUUUUUGUAAAAAAACAAAACCAAAAAAACCCAAAACCCCACCAGGUCCUGUUUCCCCACUAUGCAGCUGUUCAUCAUUAAACGUUGACUUUCAUGUUAAUGUUGGGUCAGUGAAAUAUUAUCUUAAUCAUCGCGGAGUGAAAAAAAUAACUUUUAAAUCCAAAUUUGGCGGACUUGCAAAGGAAAGAUAGAUGAUGGUUUGGGUUGGCAAUGCGAAAGAGAAAAAGCGGUGCUUACUAGCUUUAGGAAAGGGAUAAGCUAGAAUUAUUUGAUGUCUUUAAAGUAUAUGCUUCGAAACCAUCUAGCCAAGAAAGCACAAUUGAGAAAAUGUCAACAUUUGGGAAAGCCCCUGCAAAGUAUCCCAAAUGUUACAUUUAGUUUAAUGAAAAGAAGGACUAGGGGAGACAGGAUAGCAGCAUUCCAAUACUUGAGGGGCUGCCACAAAGAAGAGGGAGUCAAACUGUUCUCCAAAGCACCUGAGGGCAGGACAAGUAAUAGAUAGAAACUAAUCAACAAGAUAACCAACCUAAAAUUUCCUGACAGUUGGAACAAUUGAUCAAAUACCUUGCCUCCAGAAGUUGUGGUUGCUCCAUCACUGGAGGCUUUUAAGAAGAGAUUGGACAACCAUUUGUCUGAAAUAGUAUUGUCAGCCUCCACUCCAAUCCUCACAUCCUUUUGUACUCUUUAUAUUCAGUAGUUAGAUUGCAUGGGAUUUUUAUGUGUAAUGUAAAUAGCUCAUGAAUUCAGUUUAAGUAGAGAGGGCCCUUUAAGAGUGUCAUCUGACAUGAGAUAAAGGGGAGGGGAGAUGAUUUACAGCCAGAGAUAUGGAACGUUAGCCAUAUUUUGUCUCAGAUUCAACUUUAUACUGCUGCAGUCAUGAUGUAUUUAGUAAAAGUACUUUUCUUUAUUUGCAAAUGAAGUCAAGGUGUAUUCUUUCCUAAAUAUAAUCAGAGGCAGUCUGACAGGUAUAAGAUUUCCUGCUUGGGCAGGGGGGUUGGACUAGAAGACCGCUUAGGUCCCUUCCAACUCUUCUGUUAUUCUGUUAAGUAGUGGAAAUGAUUGUGUUUGCAGCACAGACCAGUUAAUUCACAAUGCAUUUUUUUUAAAAAAAAUCUCUUUAAGGAUAGAAGGCAUUUAUAUUCAAUAUUAAUCUUCGUAAGCAGUCCUUAACUGAUUAUUUUAUGUAAUCGAGAUGCCUGGCUUCUAUGAUGCACUCUUCAUCUGCUUUUUAAUUUAUAAUUGCCAGGGAGUGAAUGAAGAGGUUGCCUUUAAAUUGCUAGAUGAUGUAAUCCUUUGAGAACAGGGGAGCAGCAUUUUAGGGGGAAAAAAAAAACCCAGCAUGUUGGUCCAGGGCUGCCAUGCGAAGCAAAAAUGAAGAAUUCCAAACUGCAGAAGUUGGCAUUCAAAAUAAGCAG